CUGGGGAGAACGGGAGCCACAGUGUCUAGUUGGUCGGGGGUCGGGAGAGGCGUGGCAUACCCACGGUACCGGGCAGAACAUUAGGGCUUCCCUCCGGUCAGUGCGGCCUUGUCCUCAAAGUGUGAGAGGUCACCGCAAUAGCCACCUCACAACCCCGCCCCUUCCCCUCUCUAACGUACGCGCACUAGGGACUGCACGCCUAUUGGUGCAUGUCAGUGUGGUCCCGCCUCCAGACCAGCCUCCCAUUGGUGAGAUUCGCGGGCGGGGGGUUCGCUCAACCUUCCUCCUGAUUGGGCGGCUGAAUGAGCAUCCCUUGUGAUUGGAUUUCCGUCGUUCUUCCUUCCUGCAGCGCUGUACGGUAUUGGUGGCCGGGAGCUCCGCCCGCCUCACGCGCAGUGUCUCACAACGGCGGUGGUUGGAGUGAGGUAGGCGCGCGCCGCUUCAUUCUGACCCUUCAGCCAUCGCUUCCCGUAUUUAGUGUCAGAGCGCUGCUCGUAGUCCCGGCGGAAUAUGCUGAAGCAGCAACAGGCUCCUCCCAGCCGCAAACCGGCCAUGGCCCCGGCCCAGCAACAAGGAUCCCCCGGCAGCCCCAACGGGAACCUCCCACCGGGCGGGAGCAGGAGCCAAGACCGACCCGGAGCCGGCAGGGGACGGAAUAUAGUGAAAGGACUUCAGCCCCCGGUGUUUGAAGGGGUUUAUAACAAUUCCCGAAUGUUGCACUUCCUGACUGCCGUCGUGGGCUCCACGUGUGAUGUGAGGGUGAGAAAUGGCAGUGUUUAUGAGGGGAUCUUUAAAACCUUGAGCUCAAAGUUUGAAUUGGCAGUUGAUGCCGUACACAAGAAAACCAGUGAGCAAGUUGUGGGGCCAAAACGAGAGGAUAUUGUAGAUACAAUGAUCUUCAAGCCUUCAGACGUGGCUGUGGUCCGCUUCCGAAAUGUUGAUUUUAAUUAUGCUACGAAAGAUAAAUUCACUGAUUCAGCGAUUGCCACGAGUUCCAAGUUGAACGGGGAGCACAAAGAUAAGAUUCUCCUGCGCUGGGAUGGAGGGGAGGGAGGCAACGACGACUAUGACCUGGAUUCAGAUAUGUCCAAUGGUUGGGACCCUAAUGACAUGUUCAAGUUUAAUGAGGAUAACUACGGAGUUAAAACAACGUAUGACAGCAGCCUCUCCUCCUACACGGUUCCACUGGAGAAAGACAACACGGAGGAGUUCAGGCAGCGGGAAGCUCGGGCUACUCAGUUGGCACGAGAGAUAGAAUCCAGCCCCCAGUAUCGUGCCCGCAUCUCCAUUGAGAACGACGAGUGCAGGACAGAGGAGGAAAAGCACAGCUCAGUGCAGAGGCCAAACUCUGACCGGGACUCCCCUAGUCUUGCCAAUCGUGAUGGAAAGUACAUCCCACUACCCCAGCGGGUGCGAGAAGGUGCACGAGGGGGGGGCAUUAGGAGCAGCUCCAGCCGAGGGGGGAGACAAGUGAUGAGCUCAAUGCCUGUCCGGGGGGCCCCCCAGCAUUACCCAGAAAGCAGUUGUAGCCCGGAGCAGAGAGGAAUGAAUGGAGGUCCUUCUCGCAUGUCCCCCAAAGCUCAGCGCCCCAUUCGUUGCACCAAGACUGUGUCCUCCCCAUCCAGUCGCCCCAUGGAAGUGCCCACCUCUCCCUCCUCUGCAGCCCCCCGCGCUUACCCCCCGCUGUCCCCCAAGUCUGGAUCGUCGCUGAGCUGCGCAGACUCUUCAUUAGGAACCUCCAUUCCAGACCCCUCUGUGGCCCCUAAACCUUCCUCUCCAAACAGCAGCACCCCCAUAAUGCCAGGGGAAGGCAAGGACAUUGCACCCCCCGCUGCAGUGAAAGAGCAGAGCCGCACCCCAGAGCAACUCACCCCCUGCCAAGUGCCCAAGCAGCCCGGUAAAGUGCUGCACACUGAUCACAAGAGGAACCAGCUCGAUGAGCUGCGCAAGUUUGGCGCCGAGUUCCGGCUACAGCCUAGUUCGGGCCCAGACCCCGUCUCUGAAUCGUUGCCCCCGCGCCAGUCCUUGGAAUGUAAAGUCCCUGAGCCGACGGCCUGUGAAGGAGCUGAACCACUGGACAUCCAGAAAGUCCCAGAGUUGGUGGAAGAGAUGAAGGAGGAGAGAAGUUGUGAGGUAGCCGAGCGUCAGGAGGACAGUGGCAGCCCCCCAGGGAAGGCGGAGUCAGAGGAGAAGGAGGGGCAGGCAGUGUGCGAUCAAGUCAAGAAAUCCACUCUGAACCCCAAUGCUAAAGAGUUUAACCCUUCCAAGCCUCUUCUGUCAGUGAACAAAGCCACAAGCACCCCAACAUCACCCGGGCCCCGAAACCAUUCUUCUACUGCCACCAUCCCAAUGCUGAGUGCCGGUCAGACUGGAAUGUAUGGGCCGUACAUCUCGUACAUCCCAAAUAUACACAUGAGCUCCGCUGUGCAGGCUCCUCAGAUGUACCCGUACCCCAUGUCCAGCUCUGUGCCCGGCCAGCAGGGCAAAUACAGGCCUAAAGGUUCCCUCCCCCAGCGCUCAGACCAGCCCAACUCGGCUCCUCCCAUCAUGCAGGCGGCAGCUGCUGCGGGGCCCCCUUUAGUGGCGGCUACACCGUACUCCCCCUAUAUCUCUUAUAGCCCCCAGCAGUUUCCUGGGCAACCAACCAUGAUGCAGCCCAUGGCCCAUUACCCCUCCCAGCCGAUGUUUGCCCCCAUGCUGCAGAGUAACCCACGCAUGAUCACAUCUGGAAACCACCCCCAGGCCUUGGUAUCAUCGUCCAAUCAUCAGUACCCCCCUCCAGAACAACAGACACCCCAGACCCUAUAUGCCGCUGUUCACCAGUCCUACUCCCAUCAUGCAGCUCAGCUACACCCCCAGCCUGCCAGUACCCCUACUCAGAGCCAGCAGCAGCCACAGCAUGCCAACCCCAGCCCUGUACAGCACCAGACGGGCCAGCCCCCCCACAUGAGCAGCGGGCAGCCUCAACAGAACCUUUACCACACAGCCACCCUGACGGCGACCCCACCCUCUCUGACCCCCGGCCCCAGUGCUCAGUCACCCCAGAGCAGUUACCCACAACAGGCUGUGUAUGCCAUCCAUGCCCACCAGCAGCUCCAGCACAGCUACACCAAUAUGUCUCAUGUUGCACAGGCACAUGUACAGACUGGAAUUAGUGGGGCUCAUCCAGGAGCCCCCCAUCCUCCCCACCCUGCGCAGGUCAUGCUGCUUCACCCUCCUCAGAGCCACGGGGGACCCCCACAAGCUGCCAUUCAACAGACAUCCAGCCCCUCCCAAUACACCUAUAUAGGACAUCAUCAAGUUCAGUCCCAUCCGCCCCAACAACUUCCAUUCCACCCCCCCGGCAACUGAGCUGUCAAUCAGCCCCUUCCAAGUCAUGAACCCACCGUGAAUCCUGCCUCCAGCCCUUUCUGUCCACACCAUCCGGGAAACUGCAGAGUCGGGGAAACUGCAGAGUCGGGGAAACUGCAGAGUCGGGGAAACUGCAGAGUCGGGGAAACUGCAGAGUCGGGGAAACUGCAGAGUCGGGGAAACUGCAGAGUCGGGGAAACUGCAGAGUCGGGGAAACUGCAGAGUCGGGGACCCUGAGGCGACAGUUUGAGGGGCUCCUACAGGCAGCAUGAGUCAGAGCCCAGCAAGAGAGGCGCCAGGAGCAGCGGAGUUUCCCAGGUGUGGAUCCUACAGCUGGAGGCUCUUUGUGUCCCAUCACAUGGACAACCUUAUUCUUUAGUCUGCGAAUAGGGGUGCACCCCCGUCGUUUAUCUAACCCAAGACUGGAAUAAAAAAACAAGAUUUUAUUUUUUAUUUAUAAAUCCAAUUGGGCAAAUCCAAGCAGUUUGGCUUCCCCUUCCCACAUCUCUUUCCCCCCCUCCCCCCGUUAACUUGAAAUGAGUGGACUACUUUUACUUUUUAUUGAAUAAAAAACAUUGAAAAAGUACAAAAAAAGUUUAAAAACCUUACAAAAUAAAAAACAAAGUUUUAAA